UCCUCUCAUGAGCAGAUCCUCGCAGACACGCACACGCACACACACUCGGCGCGCAGGUCCAGCGACGGAGCGGAAGGUUGUGCAACAGACAGCAGGAGGCCGGUGGUGGUGCGUCAGCCGCUGUGAGGAGCAGAGCGCAGGGAUGGAGCUGGACCACGGAGCAGCCUCCGAGGACCGCGCUCGCUCGGGAUAAACCACUUAUGGACGCAUUGGAUUAGAGGGAUUCCGUCCAUUGUUUCUCUCCGCAGAGAGUGAGCUGAAGCGCUCCGACAUGGUGAAGCCCGGGCUGUGAGCUGCCGUCCGACUCCGGGUGGUCUGGUCUCAGAGAGGGAUCCACUUCAGGCAGGGGGGUAGGGGGGCUGCGCCGGUGGUCUGGUUCCGCUGGGAGCACGCAUGUCUGAACUUCCGGCGCGUGGAGGCGGAGGCGCGCUCAGGUAGGCGAGAGUUGGCGGGCAGCGGUGGAGGAUGGCGGCGCCGGGCCUCCCGGGACCGGGUCGGUGCCAAGAAGCCGGCGGGAGGAUGGUGUGAACGGCAGCUCCUUCGCCCCCACGCUUGGCUCCUCGCCUCCUUCCACCUUCUCUUCUUCUUCUGAGAACAUCAGGUGGCAACUGUUGGAUCCAGUCCUCCCCCGCCCCCCUCCCUCCUCUCUCUCCUCCACCUCCUCCUCCUCCUCCUCCUCCUCCACCACCUCCUCGCCCUCCACCUGGAGCGGACUCAAGCUGUCUGCCUUCCUUCUCCCUUUGGUGUUUUCUUUUCUUUUUGUCGCGGCUUCAGAGGAAUCGCCAAGACCUGUUUCAUGCAUGUCCACUGGCGGCAGGUUCAACUUUGACGAUGGGGGGUCUUACUGCGGCGGGUGGGAGGAGGGCAAGGCGCACGGCCACGGCAUCUGCACGGGACCCAAGGGCCAGGGCGAGUACUGCGGCUCCUGGGCGCACGGCUUCGAGCUGCUGGGCGUCUACACCUGGCCCAGCGGCAACACCUACCAGGGCACGUGGGGCCAGGGCAAGAGACACGGCGUGGGCGUGGAGAACAAGGGCCGCUGGGUGUACAAGGGCGAGUGGACGCACGGCUUCAAGGGACGCUACGGCGUGCGGGAGAGCACCGGCAUGAGCGGGAAGUACGAGGGCACGUGGAACAACGGGCUGCAGGACGGGUACGGGACGGAGACCUACUCGGACGGAGGGACGUUUCAGGGUCAGUGGGUCGGCGGGAUGCGACACGGCUACGGCGUCCGUCAGAGCGUCCCCUACGGCAUGGCGGCCGUCAUCCGCUCUCCGCUCCGCACAUCCAUCAACUCCCUCCGCUCCAGUUCGGAGCACAGCAACGGCACCGCUCUGCUGGACCGGACCGGCGCUGUGGUCCCCGGCCCUCCGCCGGGGCCCGGGACCCUGUCUACCAGCGUGUCCAUGUGCAGCACCGGCAGCAGUGGCAGCAGCCCGGCCGUGUCCCGCGGAGGCUUCGUCCUGACGGCGCACAGCGAGGCCGAGCUGCUGAAGGGGAAGAGGAAGAGCGGCCUGUUCCGAAGAUCCAUCUUGUCUGGCCUCAAGCUGAAGAAGUCCGAGUCCAGGAGCUCGCUGGCUUCACAGAGGUCCAAGCAGAGCUCCUUCAGAAGUGAAGCUGGGAUGAGUACGGUGUCUUCUGCGGCAUCGGACAUCAACUCCACCAUCAGCCUGGGAGAUGGAGACGCAGAGUUGGCCGUGCCCGAUGACGACGUGGACGCCACGGCGACGGAGACCUACUGCGGGGAGUGGAAGAACGACAAGCGGACGGGCUUCGGCGUGAGUCGGCGGUCGGACGGGCUGCAGUACGAGGGCGAGUGGCUCAGCAACAAGCGCCACGGCUACGGUUGCACCACCUUCCCCGACGGCACCAAAGAGGAAGGGAAGUACAAGCAGAACGUCCUGGUGAGCGGCAAGAGGAAGAACCUGAUCCCUCUGCGGGCCAGCAAGAUCAGAGAGAAGGUGGACCGGGCUGUGGAGGGAGCCGAGAAGGCCGCAGACAUCGGGAGGCAGAAAUCAGAGAUCGCCCUCUCAAGGACGGCUCACGCGCAGGGCAAAGCUGAGGCGGCGAUGGCUGCCGCUCAGAAGGCUCAGGAGGAGAGUCGCUUGGCCCGAGUCAUCGCCAAGCAGUUCUCACCGUCCUUCCAGCACCCGGGGAACGGGAUGGAGGUGCAGCGGCCCAAGCGUCAGGUGUCCAGCGAGGUGGAGGGCGAGGGACUGUCCAGCAGCGCCGGCACCGCGGACAGUCCAGACCUGUACGUGAAGAGCUCAGAUGACCCGUCCAUCGCCACGCCGGACCUCAGCCCGCCCUCGUCCUCGCCGCCACACACGCCGCCGCCGCCCGUCAGGCCGUCCCAGCGCAGCAAGAGCGCCCGCUUCCACCGACAGAGUGCAGUGGACCACAGCGACAGGGGCAAGGAUGGAGAGAAGGUCGGCCGACACACCGAGAUUCAGGUGUUGAUGGAGGGAGGCGGGAAGGAGGGAGCUGUUGAUGGAGGGAAGGGCGAGAAUCCCAGAGCCAAGACGUGGAGUGAGGACAAGCGGAGGGGGGCGUCGUCAAAAGCUGGCGUGCAGGUGGGCGGACAACCGUCCAGCAGGACCAACGGACACAAACACAGCUCGUCCAAUCACAAGCCGCGUGAUCACGGCUCAUCCAAUCACAGACAGACGAAGGGAGACAGGUGGACGGAGACGUCCUCCUCCGCCUCCUGGACUUCAGGGCACAGGGGGGGCCACACGAGGGGGGGGCGACUGCUGGAGCAGGACGAGGAGAAGAUGAGCACCUACGAGAUGGAGAUGAAGCCGCUACAGCCGAGGGACUCGGGUCACAAGCACGGCGAGGACAAGCACGGCGAGGGACGCUCGCACGCCACCCAGCGGCCGCGGCACAAGAACCGCGAGGCCAAAGAGAGCAGAGACUCGGACAAGACGGACAGUGUCCGAGCCGGGGAGAAGCUGGAGUCCCGGCCCAUUCGGCGGGACCUCACCCUCUCCCCUCCUCUCAAGUCCUCCCCCAUCACCUCCGCACAGCAGGACCUUAUGAAGAGCAGGAGCAGCUCGGCGUACAGCUCCGUCCUGGUCGCCAUGGUGAUCCUGCUCAACAUCGGAGUGGCUGUUUUGUUUAUCCACUUUUUUAUUUGAAGACUCAAGCCAGUGGGCAGUCCGAGCCCUGCACGGUCCCAGCGACCCGGCUGCGCCAGUGAGACCAUCCCCAGACUCUUGGUUUUCUUUGGUUCGCCGCAGAUCUUUAACUUUUGAUUUCACUUUCACUAUGAACUUCUGUUAGUUUGUUUGGGCCCACGCUGCGCCCCCUGUCGUCCUUGGUUGCUCUGUGCGCCUCACCCUGCAGGGGUGUUGUUCCUGGUGGCUUGGGGUGUGAGAUGGAGGCGUGACCACACACACACACACACACACACACACUCUGGCAGCACGAGGAAACGAUGAGACACAAUUGAUCAGAUGGUUUCCUCCUCAUCUUUAUCAAGUCAGUCUGAAGUUUCUCACUCGCCUGUUGGCUUGAGAGACACGGUGAGGUCUCCUCCUCCUCAGGUCCACUUCUCUCUGUCGCGUGUGUGUGUCCCUCUCACCUCCACACGACGUCGCCAUCAGGAACAACUUCCAGGAGUCGGGAGGAGGCUGCUCACACUUCCCUCCGUCUGGAGUUUGAUCUCUUCCUGUGCCGUUCACACGCUGAACAUCCUUCUUUGUUUGGGUCCGGACUGAUGGAGGUCCAGGAAGUGAGCGCUGUGUGAUGCCCUGCUCCAACCUGUCAGCCCGCAGCAUGCUACAGCAUGCCAAGCGCUCUCUCUCCCUCCCCCUCUCUCCCUCUCUCCUCCUUUCUUUCUUUCUGGGAAGUACUCUGCUUUUUGUUUUGGAGUUCUGUGGAGAAAAUAAUGAAAGUGUUUGA